UUGUUUUUCUAUAAAUGUCAUUAUUUAUCUCUAAAAUUUAGAGGAGCAAUCCAUUCAGAAUUGAUUUGUUGUAUGAUAUGGGUAGUUACUGCGGUUUUCUUUUACCUAAUAUGGCUAGCAAAUUUCAGUUUAUUCUGAAAAUGUUGUAUUACGCUCUCUCUAUAUGCUUUUGCUUAUCGUAGCUUCACCCAGUUAUGAUCACCUCGUUCUUAGUGCUGACUUUUCCAUGGAGUAUACUGGAAAGUUUCUCCAUUUACUCCUGUCUCUUGGAGUCUUUGGCAAUCUCACAGGACCACAGAAGUUACUCUUGGUGUCAGAUUCUUCAAUGAGUCUCUUUGCUCAGAAGAAUGAUUGUUACUACUAUUUAGAGGAAAAUGUGCUAAAUGACAGAAUGGCCCCCAGGGAUUUGGCAAUAGCAGUCAUCUUCUUAUCACAGACGAUAGUUGGAAUCCUGGGCAAUUUCUCUAUUCUUCACCAUUAUGUCUUCCAUUACCACACCGAAGGGAGUUUGAGACCCACAAAGUUGAUCCUCAGGCACCUGAUUAUAGCCAACUCCUUGACGAUGCUCUCAAAAGGUGUCCCCCAGACAUUGGCAGCUUUUGGGCUGCAAUAUUUCCUCAAUGAGUUUGGAUGCAAACUUCUUUUGUAUGUUCAGAGGGUGGGCAGGGGUAUGUCCAUUGGCAGCACCUGCCUCUUGAGUGUCUUCCAGACCAUCAUCAUCAGCCCCAUGAACUCCUGUUGGAAGGAUCUUAAAACCAAAGCCCCAAAGUACAUUGGCUUCUCCAUUUCCCUCUGUUGGAUCCAGUUCACGUUUGUAAAUUUAAUUUUUCCUAUGUAUGUGUUAUAUGCAUCUAACAACUGGCACAUGAAAAACAUCACAAAGAAACGAGAUUUGGGGUAUUGUCUUUCUGUAGAUACUGAGACAAUCACAGUUUCUGUAUAUGCAGCAUUGAUAGUAUUUCCUGAAGUUUCACUUUCUGGGCUCAUGAUCUGGACCAGCGGCUCCAUGGUCUUCCUCCUGCACAGACACAAGCAGCGGGUCCAGCACAUUCACAGCACUAAUGUCUCCCCCAGAUCCUCUGCCGAGUCCAGAGCCACCCAGAGCAUCCUCGUCCUCGUGAGCACCUUUGUGUCUUUCCACUUCCUCUCCUCCGUCUUUCAUGCUUGUAUUGCUCUUAUUUAUAAUCCCAGCUGGUGGCUGGUGAACACCGCUGCAGUAACUUCCGUGUGCUUUCCAGCCAUCAGCCCAUUUCUGCUCAUGAGACAAGACUCCACAGUAUGUAGGCUCUGCUUUUCCUGGAUAAGGAACACAAAAUCCCCUAAUCUUACCAGAAAAAAUGUGAAUUGUAUGUGUCUGAGCAAUGCCCAGUUGUUUAUUUACUCCUCCUGCUGGAAAAGUCAAUACAGAACCUAGGAAGUAACCACAUGACUCUCCAGCGUGGACACUAAUGGGCAUUGGUGGUUGCAUCACCUGGUUGAAAUGGGCCAUAUACUGGCAGACUGGAAGUGGACAAAGCUGUUUGGCCUCAUUCUGAUGCCUAGUAUUCUGAAUAUAGCUGUCUUAAUGAAAUGCUAUUGAGGGAAAUUGAGUGGAUUUGAUUCUAGCUUCUUAUCUGUUGAUUGGAGUGCUUCACUCAGGAAUGUACUCAUAGAAAAAUCUGCCAGAGUUUAAUACUGUGAAAAAAUGGGUUAUCAAUAUUGUUGGAAGGCAAUUCUCCAUGGGUUUCUCAUGUAUGUGCAUGUCUUGUGGGCAGAGGCAUGGGGAACUUUUGUUCUGGACUGUUUUUCAUAGACGUUUGUAUAAAGAAGUACCUUUGAAGAUAAUAGAUUAGUGUCAUCCUUUGGAGCAGUGGACAGAUUAAUUUGUUGUACAGGAAAAUAAGAAACUUUAGCCGAGAAAUGGCAAUGACAAAGGUGACAAGAAUUUUGGAGAUCUGAGGAGAAAGUUAAGCCUGAGAAGUCUGUUUGAACAUCCAGUGGAGUCCUGAGACAUAGUGAGUUAGAAAAUCCUCAGAAGUUGAAAGGAUAUCUGAGUCCUCAUCUAAGAGCUUCAGGAACCACACCAUCUCCCCUCCACAAUAAGUGCUGGUUGCCACCAUUCUAGGAAAGUCAUUCCUUGAAAACAUCUUACUGGUGAGUUUAAACUAAAACUGGAAGUAGAUGCCCAGAGCCAGCUUCAAAUAUGUCCCACUAUAAUAACCUUGCUUGAGAUACGUAUCAGCUUUUAAUGUUGCAUGGCUUCAUUCUCAGACUGUGCUCAGAAAAAAGGUGAUAGCCUGUCAGGUGCUAUAUGUCUGUGUGGAGGACACAGGAUGCAGGUUUAUUUGGAAUCCUGUGCCCCAAAGCUGCAGGUUCCAAAGGAUGAGAAUUUAGCCCCAAUUGAAUGAUGAUGAUCCUAGAAGAAUCCUAGGAUGAAUGGUGAUUCCAGGAGACUGAAAUCAGUGGGGCAUUAAGGAGAGAAUGUGAAAUGAUAUGUCCCAUUCAAGAGGGAAAUCCUCCUGCCCCAGACAAAAGUGUGGUUCAAAACCUUGUGAGCGAGACAAUCCAUUCCUGCCACAGAAAGGGCACACUCUCCCAAAACUUGAAGUCAAAAAGAAGAUGAAACAUAUGUAUCAGUUACUGCACCCCAGAAAACAAAUAAUUUGACUUUUUUUUUUUUGGCAUAAAGCCAAGUCAAAGUCAGCUU